GUUUUGUUCAAAUCCUUAAGAAAAUACAAUGAUUUCUUCAAAAUAACUUCAUAAAUCCAAUAUGAGUUUAAUAGUCAAUUUACCUCUCACUAGCUGUUAUAAUUAGCAGAAUGUUUUUUGAUUGCACAAAGGUAUAUACUCGUAUAGUUUAAGAGUGGCAAACAUUUUCCAGAUCUGCUACAAGACUUUCAAUGGGGCUCUUGAAGCCCCUUGUAGAUGAUAUACAUGUAGUUUCUGACGUAAGACCAAUUGGUUUAGUAGAGUUUAGUAGGUUGGAUCUAUCUGAAUCUUUCACCACUGUAAGGAUAAGACCUAACGCUUGAUAAUUCUAAUUUAAGAUGUAGACAGUAACAAAGUACAAACACAGCUAUAAGAUACAACAUUAGAAAAUAAACAAAAACAAAGUCAGUGACAUAAUAAUAGGGAGAGACAGUUGAUUGGUCGUUGACCUGGGACGCUACCAAAUAGAGACAUCAUAUCACAAUAUUGUGUAUUAUUGGGACAGUACAAUAACAGGACCUGGUCGGGGAAACCAGAGGUCUGAGAAACAUCGCACAAAAGUAACUUGAAGGAAGUUGACAUUCUCAAAAAAAUGACAGACAAGGGGAUAGACUCCAGGAGUAUUGGGCUUCGUGCUCAAAAGAAACUUCUCAGCAAGAUGUCUUCAAAGAAAAUGGCCAAAGUCUUCAUUGAUGACACGAGUGGCCGGCUGCUAGAUAACAUGUUCAAACUGAUUAAAAAAUAUACCGGCAAUAAGAAAACUGCAGAGAAAGUUCUGAAAAACAUUAUAAAAAUAGUCGUAAAAAUCGGCAUUCUCUACCGCAAUGAUCAGUUCACGAAGCAAGAGCUAGCCAUCACCCAGCAAUUCAUGCGGAAAUUUCGCUCAACAGUGAUGACCGCAAUAAGCUUCUAUGAGGUUGACUUUACAUUUGAUCAGUUCUUUCUCUCAAAAAACUUGCAAGAGUGUCAAGCUAUGCUUCAGAGUCUCAUAGACAACCAUCUCACUGAUAAAUCAAAGGACCGCGUCGAUAUGGUCUUUGGGUUCUUUUCGGACGUUGUAUUCCUACAGACCAUUUUCCAAUCGGACAGUGAUUAUCGCAAGCUGCUUGGAUUGAUGGUUGAUGAUUUGCACACUCUCAUGGAUAACGGCACGUUAUAGACAAGCGUAUAGUACUUGGACAUGGAAAAGUUCUAGAGUUCGAUUUAAUUUAGAUGAUUUGCCUGCUGAUGUUUGCAAUACAGCAUGCUACAUUUAGGAUUGACUCAAUGAGCUCACCUUUUCAGUGAGCUAUGUGGACCUCAAUGAGCUAGGAUGAUGGCAAAAGCUGGAUUUACCUUCCAGAAAGUGCAGUGUAUAUCAAAACAUGGAAAAGCAUAAUAACGUGUCAUUUUAUGUUCAUUCAAACUAUGCACGCAAGAGAAACUAAUCGUUUCCAUAGUAGUUAUAUAGAGCAUGUUAUUAUAUAAUGAGAAAAUAAUGAUGUGACCAUAGGUUUUGCCUGAACCUGGUCUGAGGUGUGGCAUAUGGUCUGAGGGAUCAGUUUAUGUGUUAUUUUGUUAUGCAUUUUGAAUGGUAUGGCUAGCCUGUAUUAAUUUGCCAUUUAAUAAGAUGUAUAUUUGUUUGUUUUUGUCAAGGUUUUAUUCAACUCUUUCAGUUUGCUAGCGAAUAUAAUCCAGCUUGUUAAAGCGGGACAGCUUUUUUAAAGAUUAUGAAAAGAUACAAUCACCCAGAAAACUAUUUUGAAAAAAGAAUAUCAUCAAUAAUUCAAAAAUAUUUUCAAUUCAUAAUGAUUUUACUAAUUACUCCUUUUCUGUUUUAAAG